CUCAGUUAACGUUCUCAGCUGACACAAACAACAUCUAUUCAGGAAAGUAAAGUGAAGUAACGUAACGUAACUGUUAAAUAUUAUUAUUAUUUACGAUGCAUUUAAAGUUUUUCUCAAAUCGCGAAGAUAGUUUUGGCACCGGCUAUCAAAUCAAAAUUCAAGGUGAACAAACAAUUUUGGACUUAAAGUUAAAAUUAGAAGAGAAUGUUAACAUUUCGGCUCAGAGUACAAAAAUAAUGUUUUUGGAUUCAGUUCUCGACGAUCGUGAAUCUCUUGCGAAUGUUACCGAAAAGUGUUUAGUGUUCGGUGUUGUCCCAACAAGCGAUGCUCUUCACAACACUGACUUGAUGGCUGUCAGUGAGGGCAGAUUGGUUGGAUGGUUACGAGCCAUCAAGUCUGAUCGUCGACCAUUCCGGAUGAAAAAUCUGUAUAACCUUUGUGAUUCCAAAGGCAUGGCUUGUAGGGCUGCCGGUUGCAAGCGAUGCUCUGCUCAAAUCUUGGAGGCGAGUAAGGCGCUCUGCCUGGAUGCGGAGUGCAGCCUCCAGGAUAGCUGUACGGCGACCGAGAGCAACGUCACUGGCGAAAGCAGCACCAUUGAGAGCACUAGCAUUUUCGGAACGAAACUCGAGACUGAUGAGCCUUCCAAGCAGGACGAUAAUCUCGCCACUGGAUGUCGCGAAGCCUGCUGUCCCUACGAUCCUAAGCGUCCGAUGUAUAUUCAGGUGAUGCCCGAAAACCGGCAAUAUGCUGUUGUUAUCGAGCGCGGUUCAUGUGCCUGUCUGGAUGUGAAUCGCAUCCUGCAAUAUAUAGCGGAACACCUUAAGGAGGCGGACGAAGCGAAAGCCAUUUCGUUCAGCGUAUGCGCUCCAGUGGUGCCCUUGCAAGGAGCUCUCAUGAUCGUGGGCGGAGGCGCGACUAGUCGGGAUUGGAUCCAAAGGAUUACGCAACCUAUUUGCCCCCCGUUUGAAAUCAGAACUUUCAUUAAUUACUUUGACCUAAUGCGUUGGUGUAUAACGAUUCCUCUGGCACUCGAGAGGUCCCUGUGCCGGAUUUUCAAUCUCUUAGAGAAACAAAAUCCCCACCUGGACACUUCCACAUGGGUGGUGGUUAAUCAAGUCGUAUUGGACCGCUGCAGCAAGGACUUCAAAAAGAAAGCUGUAGAGCAUGGUUUUCGGAAUUUGGAAGUUAGUGUUUAUAUUGACCACGAAACUGCUGAACUGGUCAAACAGCAAUGUAACAAAGUACUUUACGUUAUAUGGCAAUUACCAUUUGGACCAUGCGGUUCGGUUUGCUAAUCAGUUGCUCCGGAGCACGUACACAGUAAAUUCACCGUUUUUGAACAAAUUUUUCGUUUAAGACACUAAACAAAAGUAGGCA